AUGAUCAUCCUUCUGCUGAAUCUGUAUUUGGUCUUCAGUGUCCAAGCCAUAAGAGAGAGCAUCCCUAUGAAGAGCUUGAGCUGCUACAAUGACUACAACUCACAGGUGACCUGCACAUGGAUGGAGCGUUCAGAGGCUCAUGCCCUCGUUGGUAUGAUUCUUUACCAAAGGGAUAAUAUUAUAACGGAGAACAAGAAGAUGCCUUGCAAACGCCAGAGAGAAAAUUACUUACAUGAGACUCCAGACUCCUAUGUGCACUGGGUUUGUCACACCACCACAGAAAAUUUUGGAAUAGGGGUAGAUGAUAUUUACAGCUUCAAGCCUAACAAGAUGCUUCAAGCAGAACUAAAUGUUGAUCUUUUCCAAAAUGUUCAGACCCUCCCGCCUCAAAACCUCGCAGUCAGCUUGAUGAGAUCAGGAGACUUCUUGCUGACCUGGAAAGCAGCUGAUGGAAGCCAAGGGCUGGGCAAUGCACUGGAGUAUGAAGUCACUUACAAGCGGGAGUGGGAGUCCUGGGAGAAAGCUGCCUCGCUCUUGCUCUCCAACACCACACGUUGCCAUCUCCGCUGCAAGGACCUUGUCCCAGGGAGCAGGUACGUUGCCCGCGUGCGAGCCAGACCAGGGCAGGCCAGUGGCUUCUCUGGGCAGUACAGCGAGUGGAGCACGGAGGCGUCGUGGGAGACCCCUGAAGGUGGCCUUCAGCCCAGGAACCUUCGCUGCCUCUUCAAUGGUGCAGACCGUCUGACGUGCAGCUGGGAAGUGAAGAAAGCGAUCAUCACCUCUGUCCUCUUUGGCUUGUUCUUCAGGGCCCCUCUGGCAUCAGCAGAAGAGGAGUGCUCUCCUGUGCACGAGAAGGCUCUGCCCCACGUCCCGUAUGUGGUCCAGAGCUGUGAGAUCCCUGUUAGCAACUCCAGCAGUCAGAGCCAGUACCAUGUGUCUGUCCGGGCCAAGACGGAGGAGAAACUGAUUGAAGCCUACAAGAACAUUAAGGUGCUGCCGCCUGCAAAUGUGUCAGUAACAGUGACAGAGAACCAAGAGUAUGAACUGAGGUGGAUAAAACACACUUUGGGAUAUAGCUUCAUAAAACAGAGAUACCAAGUUGAGUACUGGAAAAACAACCAAUACGAAAAGACUCUCCAGAAGCUAAGUAUCAGCAAUGAUGAACCUCCCUUCAUCCUCACCCUGCAGAUGCUGGCAUCGUCUACAGAAUAUAGGGGGAAAAUGCGUGCAAGGGUGAAUACGCCUCUGGAUUAUGAGGGGCCUUGGAGUGAAUGGAGUGAGGAGUUCACCUGGAAGACUGAGAACGUUCUGCCACCAGUGGUUCUCCCAGCGAUGCUCCCAGCUCUCAUCAUCACUUUGCUAAUAGUUGCUUAUUGCAGCUAUAAGUAUUUGCUCAGGAAGAAGCAAAUGUGGGAGGAAAAGAUUCCGAACCCUAGCAAUACUCUCCUGAUCCAGAGCUACCACGGGGAAGCUGUCAGCCAACGGCCGCCCAGCCAGGUGUGCUUCAGUGCGCAGAACACUUCUGAGGAGGAGGAGGUGGAACAGAUUAAUUGCCCUCAAGUGCUGGAUGGGAUGGGUAAGCUUCCAUGCAAGAGUGCUGCUCAUGCAAGUACUGCUUCCCAGACUUGCUUUGCUUUCAGUGGCCCAUACUUGUACAGCCCAGUGAUGUCCUCCCAGCCUGAUAUGCGUCAGACCCUGGAAGUGGACGCAGCGGAAGUCCGUGAGAAAUCUGUUUCCCUUCAGUAUGUGACCCUCCCAAAGGAAGACUGUCCCCAGGCUCCACAGGGGCAAGAACAGCCAGGAGCAGGUCCUCCACAGCCCCUCCUGCUCCCAGAUCAGAAGGAAAUGAUGCAGCACCUCGACGAUGAGAAAGAAGUCUCACCGGCCCCACCAGCCUGUGGGAAAGGCACGAACGUGAGAACAGAAGAGCAGCAAUCUCCAAAGGCUCUCAGCUGCAUCAUGUCUCCUCAGCAGUGCCCCUUGGAGUACAUCACCACAGAGAGCCUGCUACUGCCGUCAGCCAGCGACUCCACCCGUCUGCCACUUGUCACUGCUGGGGAGUUACCUUGUGACUCACAGGAGCACCAGCCCCCCAGUGAGCACUCUUGCCAUGAGUUUUCUCCCAAGAAAACUGGUGUCAUGGUCCCAGUUUCAGGUCAAACACCAACCUCUUCUCCUGAAUUGCACCUGGAUACAUUUGGAGACUAUCUUACUGUCCCUUUAGGUCUCCAUGGACGUUCAGAACCCACAAAAAUGUCCUUACAUAUUUUUUGAAAAGAAGUAUUUUUUUCCAAAGAACCUGUGUUGGAGAACUACGUAGUCAUAUUUAAUCCUGGUAGCACCAUAACAAUUUUCCUCACUACGGGCAAUUGCUAUCCUGUCCCCAACCUAAAACCCCGUAAGAAGGUGCAGAUGAGUCAGAAAGAUGCCCAAGUGUCUACAGUGGAGCAGCUAUCCACCCUGCAGCCUGUGGAGGAUCCCAAGCCGGAGCAGGUGGAUGUCCCCCAAAGGAGGCUGUGA